AUGCGGAUACAGUUAUUUUUCCUGUGGAUUCUGCACUUCAUGGAUCUUGCAAGAGGCGCAGACAACACAAAUAUUCUGCGAUACAGACGUAGCUCUUCAGUGGCCAGACUGUGUCCGGCAGGUUGUGCAUCGUGCUCGGCCCUGAAUGGCUGCCUGUCCUGUAAACCUCGCCUCUUCUUCCACCUGGAGCUGGACGGGAUGAGGCAGAGGGGCACCUGUCUGUCCUCCUGCCCCAGGGGUCACUACGACAAGCGCUCGCCACAAUUUAACACAUGCACCAGGUGCCGAGAGGACUGCGCUUUCUGUUUCAGUGAAACCUUCUGCACUCGCUGUCAUCCGGACCACUUCCUUUUCCGAGGAAAAUGUGGAAAUAGCUGUCCGAAUGGGCUGACUGCAAACACAGCCCUGCGAGAGUGCACAGAGUGCCCUGCGGGCUGUGAGGUGUGUGUGAAGAUAAACGAGUGUGUGAGGUGUCAAGCUGAUUUAUACUUUCUCCACGGGCAGUGCCACCAUAACUGCCCCAGUGGAUCAGAGCCCGAUGUGCAGCUCAUGCAGUGCACCCCUCAAGUACAAUUUGGGGUUGGGGAAUGGACAAAGUGGGGUCCGUGUAUUCAGAAAAAGAGCCUGCGGGCCAAUAGGAGGGGAGAGGAAACACGCACCCGACAACUACCGCGGUCCACAUGUGUCGGGGACCGAUGUCCACAUGUGUCUGAGAUCAGGAAGUGUGUCAUCAAAAAGAGACCAAGUGGACUGUCAUGA